CUGGCCGUAGGUGCUGAGGGGCCGUUUGAUGUCCCGCGCCGGGGUCAUCUCCAGACUUCCAGCUGCGUUUCCCAUGGCUGAAUGUAGAGAGCAUCUUUGAGUGAAAGCAUAUCAAAGUCUGUCCCGGGACAAGAAAACCAGCGACCAGACAUCUGCAGAAUAACAACACUGAGCUCUUUGUCCACUAUAAUGAGUUCUGUGGGCGUUUCCUCACUGGGAGCCUCUGAGGGCAGUAGUGAUAAAAUAGUGAUAAAUGUCGGAGGGGUAAAACAUGAGACCCACAAGAGCACCCUAAUGACCCUUCCGGGGUCCCGUCUUGCCCAGCUGGUGGACACUGAGAAGCCUCCGUCAGAGCUGUUUUUCGAUCGGCACCCUGAGCUCUUCAGUCACGUGCUGCAGUAUUAUAGGAGCGGGAAGCUGCACUACCCCACCACCUGUUGCAGUGUGAUGCUGGAAGAGGAGUUUGAUUUCUGGGGAAUCAGCGGCACAGAUGUGGAGCCCUGCUGUUGGGCGGCUUUUCAACAGCACCGAGAUGCCGUAGAAGCUUUGGCUCAGAUUGACCCUUCAGUGACGGAGAAUGACCAAUCCGGCCACACUAGAGCAUGGCAGCCGAAGAUAUGGGCUCUCUUUGACAACCCGCUUUCAUCCACUGGCGCCACGGUCACGGCGGUCGUAUCUAUGUUCUUCAUCCUGCUCUCUAUCACUGCAUUCUGUCUGCAGUCAUAUCUGGAUAGAAAGCCUCCCUACGUUUUUGGGGUAUCGGUAGACAACUCGAGCGAGUAUCAAACCGAGAACCCCUCUGCUCCUAGAGCUCUGGAUGCUGUGGAGUUGGUGUGUUCGCUGUGGUUCGUGUUUGAGUUUGUGAUGCGUGCUGUCAGCUGCCCGAGCAAACUGAGCUUCAUCAUGAACGUGAUGAACAUCGUCGACGUGCUGGCCCUGUUCCCCUGGUUCUUCCGCUGGUGUUCAGGGUCGUUCUGCUUUCAGGCAUUGGGCUUCCUGCAUGUAAUGCGAUGCAUUCGUGUCUUUCGCGUCUUCAAGCUGAUGCGGUAUGUGUUCAGUGUGAGAGUUCUUGAACACACACUCCGGGCCAGUGCGACGGCUCUCUGCACACUUCCUCUUAUUCUCUUCUGCUGCACGCUCAUCUUCGGGACCAUGAUUUAUUACGCUGAAUUCAAUACAACUGAUUACCAAUCUCAAUUUAAGGACAUUCCCUACAGUUUUUGGUGGGCAGUGAUCACACUGACCACAGUGGGUUAUGGAGACAUGUAUCCCGAAGAAUCUAAAGGCAAGUGUGUAGCCGUUCUCUGUGCAAUGGUUGGGAUUCUGCUCAUCAUCCUGCCUGUGCCCAUAAUCAUCAACAACUUCAUUAAGUUCAACUCCCUACUCAAGACAAAGGAUUCAAUGCCUAGAAGGAAGGAGAAGAGAGUCCAUGCGUCUACCGCUUAGAGGCUAAAUAGAAACCGAGGUAUCAAUGAAACAUGUCAAGAUAUCUUUUAUUACAUGUGUGUGUCUUUUGCAGAAUCUGUGUUGACUGGAGAAAGAGGCACCAGAGUCUUAAACUGGAAGAUAAAUAUCAUUACACAUCGUUCCUAAUGCCUUAACAAUCCGACCCCUAAUAUUUAAAGGUGUCACAGAAGUAAUUCCUGUACUCAGCUCCUUAGCUGUUUUUGGACUGUUUUUAUGAGCCGCUACAAUGUAUAAAAUGGAUAUAUAACCAAUACUAAACCUAAAUAUAUGGUCAAUACAUUCACUGCAUUACAUGCAUUAUACAAGAGCAAUGCCUGUGCAAAAUCAGUUUUUGUGUUUUUUGUUGGUUUGGUAUGUUUGAGUUGCUGAAUAGCCUAGGCUACUAUUACACAUAAUAAUGUAACAAAUGUAUAAUAAUAAUGUAACAAAUGUAUAACACUGUAAUAAAUGUAUAAUUACAUUGUAAUGAACACAUAAUAACACUAAUGUAUAAUAACAUUUUAAUGUAUAAUUACAUUGUAAUAAAUGUAUAAUAAGACUGUAACAAAUGUAUAAUUGCAUUGCAAUAAACGUAUAAUUACAUUGUAAUAAUGUAUGACUAAUGUUUUACACCACUUUAUCAAAAAGAAUUGCUACUUUUUUCAUAAAGAAUAAUGUAACAAAUUUGUAAUAAACAUAUAAUUACAUUCUAAUAUGUAUAAUAACACUGUAACAAAUGUAUAAUAACAACCUUGAAACAUUGUUUUUCAUGUAGAAAUAUUGCAUGCUGUAACUUUCAAAUGGAUGUUGUGAGUUGCAGAUAACAGAAACAAUCAGAUGAUAAAGUGCUCUGAUAAACACUGUCAGCUUUGCACAAAACGUGCUUUUUUAUUAUUAUAUAUUUUUUGUCUUACCCUCCGCAUGUGGAAAAUAAGGUUCAAUCUGUGAAAUAUGUUGUAUAUAUCAAAAUGAAUUUCAAUACAAAUAUGUUAAGUUACACAUCAUUUGUUGUAUUUCGCAUUUUAUCAUUUUUUAUUUGUGUGUGUGUGUGUGUGUGUUAACUGGAUAACCCCAUUUAACCUGUUUGAAAAUUGUUACAAAAUGUUUGUUCACUAUGUGUUUACUGUGUGUGUUAACAAAUAGAAACCAGCUUCUUUCUUUGGGUGUAAAAAAGGCACAAUAUGUAAUGCUCUAUUUGCCCUUGGUUAAUUUAUUUCAAAGUCAAAAUCCCAAAUAAAGAAGACCAUCACCCAGG